UGAUGUUUUGAGUGUAUCUUAUGCUCUCAUAUUUCUCUUAUCAAGCUCCUGUGUAGUUCUUAAAAACGCCCUUCUGAUGAAGAUCCAGAUAAGAUGGUGGUUGGACAGCUGAGUGAGUGUGUUUGAGUUCUGAAAGGAGUCUCAGGAUACAGCUUAGUGACCUGCUGAAUGAAUUUGCACCUUGACUGAGAAACAUUCAAAACAAGGAUAAGUUGCAAAUAGUGACUGUUCAGAUGAUCUUGACAUCACUCCUGUCACUUUGGUCUGCUUUUGUUUGUGUAGUUUAUGCUCACAUGUUGAGUGAGGAAGAGUUGAGGUGAGCACCAGCAGGAAAUAAAGUGGGGAUGGACCCGGAUGUGGGUUAGAUGAGUGGUUUUUUAUUUGCAGCCAGGAAGUGGAACUAUGCCUCUGUGACGCCUGCACAGAAAGUCAUUGCAACGCACAUCCGCCUUGCACAUCUCUGAGAUAACGGUGCUGUGUUAUGGCCAUUAACUGAAGUUAAUAACAAGAUAUUUAAAAGCCUACAGAUGGACACACGACUCACAGUCAUCACAUAGAAUCAGUUGCCUAAGAAGCCAUGGAGAGCGAUCUCAUUCUUUCUGCACAGCCUGCCUAUUCAGAACCGGAUGAUUUUGUGGAAGAAGAGCCAUAUUUGGAAGCCAAGCUGUACAUAGAGAGGGUGGAGCAAGAGAAUAACCUAUGCCUGGAAGAAACCCACAGAGGCAGAACCCAUGAACCAUUGGUGAAAGACGGUCCUGAACCCUUAGAACAUGGGGUUUCCAUUACAAUGUUCCCUGUUAGGGUUCCCAGCAUGCAUUUCAGCUGUGCUUCAGUACAGUGGGAUAUGCCACAGACUCCAUCAGAUGCUCCAUCCCAGGAAUCCAGCUCAAGUGACAUUAACUUGAGUUAUGGAUUGAACAUGGACUGGGUAGUUACUCCUCCAUCCUCAGACAUGCAUUUGUUAAACCAGGAGGAAAUUAUUGAUCUGGUACUGGAUGAGGAGCCUGAACAGACAGAUGAUAACUUGCAGCAAGAACCAGCUAUAAGUACAGAAGCCGACUCUUGCCAGUUAUAUGAUGCACACACAGAAGUGAAUGUUUGUGUGACACCAUCAAACGAAGACGAACAGCCACCAUUCACAGAGACCUCACAGACAUCAGAAGUGAGUGAUCAUGGUGGAUUAGUGGAAAACAGUGAGCUAGAAGGCCAUCUCUGCAUAGAGAACCCAGAGAUCCAGCUGGUUCCUCAGGCUUUAGAAGUUCUUGAGGAGGAAUCCGUAAAAACAGGGGACAUUGUGCUUUUGACUGAACUAGAGCAAGGACUUGGAGAUGUGGGAGAAACAAACGAGGUUGUGGAGCUCAUUUCUAAGGAUGGUAUCAGUGUAAUCAUAGUGACAGCUUGUGAGGAGGAGUGCAGUACUACACCACAGUCAGAAACAAAUGACCCACUCCUAGAACUGGAUUCAAAACAAGUUGAGGAACCUGGUCUAAACCAAGAGUCAGAUCCACCCCAACAAGGAGUUCCCCCUGAUAUUGUCUGCGACGCUGUAGAGGCAGUAGAGACUGAAGAAUCUGAAAAUGUUGAGUUGACUAUAAUUGCUAAUGAUGAGACACUGGAGUUAGAAACUGCAGAAACAUUUGUGGUGAUGCAAGAAUCUGUACUGGAAGUCAAGCAAGAGGAAUCAACCCAUGAAGAGCAGAUCGAAAGUACAGUGGAAGUGGAACUUCAUGUACACAAAGAACAAUUAAUACAACAGUCAGAAUGUUCAGACGAGUUGGAAAACUCAGAAGAGUCCAAACAAGAACUUUUAAUUGGUGACGAACCUUCAGAAGGGUCAAAGAAAUCAAGUUCUAAUGACUCAGAAACGUCAGACCAGGCAAGUCAGACAAAAAGUGCAGUUGAUGUAGAAGCAAGUCAAACAGAAAGUCCCAAUGAGACGGAACUCGGGGAGCAGUCAGAUAGGUCCACUGAAAUAGAAACAUCACAGCUCUCAGAAUCAAAGGACAGUAAAGGAACCAAUCAACCAGACAAGCUCCAACAAACCGAGCAGGAAAACCACACCAACUCUGAACAACAUCAGAUCCAUGACAAAGACAGUGUAAGACAAACCGAAGAUGUAUCAUCCGAGCACGAACGUGUGGCAGAGGAACAACACGAGGAAUCUGUAGAACCUGCAAUUCCCUACAAGAACAGAAAUGUAGAAGUUGUGGACCGAGAGGAAGCUUGUAAACUUGCAGAGAGACUUUACAGGCUUGACAAUGUUCAGCGUACAGAUGUGGUCCAUCAUCUGGACAAAAACAAUGCGUUCAGUCGUGCUGUUGGAGAAGAGUACCUUAAGUUCUUCGACUUCACUGACCAAAGCUUGGAUGAAGCUCUUCGGUCUUUUCUGAACGAAGUGGUUCUGAUCGGUGAGACUCAGGAGAGGGAGCGAGUGCUCGAUCAUUUCGCCGGACGUUACCAGCAGUGCAACCCUGAGACAUUCUCCUCAGCUGGAGCUGUACUCACACUCACAUGUGCUUUGAUGUUGCUCAACACGGACCUGCACGGACAGAAUGUUGGGAAGGCCAUGUCCGUGACUGACUUUGUGUCUAACCUGGAUGGGAUGAACGAAGGAGAGAAUUUCAGUAAAGAACUACUGAAGACACUUUAUAACUCAAUCAAGAAUCGCCAGAUUGACUGGGCAAUAGAGGAUAAGGAAUUGUUGCCCUCUAUAACCUUGGAGCAGAAUUCAGAUCAGGAUGCGUCUCUUCGCUCGAAGAGUAAUCCCUUCCAGGAUCUUGCUCAUGACAAGAAGGCCACGGUGUUCCAGAAAGGCUUCCUGAAGCGGAAAGCGCAUGCGGACAUAGACGGCAAGCGCACUCCAUGGGGAAAAAGGAGUUGGAAGACCUUUUAUGCGGUGCUUAAAGGAAUGGUGCUCUAUUUACAGAAGGAUGAAUACAGGAAGGACUGGCAAAGCUCUGAGGAAGUGCUCAGUGUCCAUCACGCUCUAGCAGAGAGAGCACAGGACUAUACCAAGCGGCCUCACGUAUUCCGCCUGCAGACCGCAGAUUGGAGGGUCUUCCUGUUUGAAGCACAAUCUACAGAGCAAAUGAACUCGUGGAUUGGCCGAAUCAACCUGGUGUCCGCUCUGUACUCAUCUCCUCCGUUUCCUGCUGCUGUUGGCUCUCAGAGGAAGUUCCACAGGCCCAUCUUACCUGCAACACAGUCUGCACUCACUCUGGAGAAACAGCUGCAGUCACACGCCGCCAUGCUGCAGUCAUUUCAGGAGGACCUGAGCGCGUUACAGCAGGGGGCGCAAGAGAGCCGCAGGACAAAAGCCAGAGAAUUGGAGGAGCACAGACUGAAGGAGGAGUACCUGCAGCAUGAGCGAUCCCGUUACGAGGCUUAUGUUCACAUUCUGGAUCUCUGGCAGACACUCAGAAAGUCCUCCGAGACAGUCGGCGGGACAGACCUCGCCCUUUUCGACCAGGAGCUCUGGAAAGGAGCCGACACCGAAGAAAAGGAGGACAGUGACAUAGAUGGAGGGAUGAAGAGAUCUCAUUCCAGUCCGUCUCUCGAACUGGAAGUGGCGACUCCGCCCGUGGUGAAAGUGAGGCGUAACAUCUCAGAGAGACGGACCUACCGCAAGAUAGUCAUUCCCAGACGUAACAGGGAGGUAUAAGACUAAAAAGUAUACUGUUACAGACUCAUUAUUCUAACAUGGACUGUAUUUUUACAUUAAUUCUUCAUCGAUCCUUUAGUACCCGAAUUCCUGUAUUUAAAGACAGUUGCAUUGCAGAAUGUCCUGUAUGCAAACGUAAUUCAAUAACCAAUGUUUUAAGCUGAGGCGACAGUACGCUCACAUCUGAACCAUUUUCAUGAGCACAAAACAUCAGCUGACAGGCCAGCCGUUCUUUUAUCCAUAUCUGUAUGAAAAAUAUAGUGACGUUUUCAUUUAAGCGAUCUUCGCAAUAUAACCGUGUCAUAAUACUGUAGUAUAAGAUCUCUGCAAUUAUUCUGAAUCUACUACAGUUAGAAAAAAAAAAGGUUCGAUAUUUAAUCAUUUCCUUUUCCCUAAGAGUGUGCCAAGAACUGUUUUUAUUUGAUCAGUUAUUAAAAAAAAAUGUUAGUUGGGCCAAAACAAUGUUCAUAAUACGAAGUUGAAAUAUGUCAGUAUGACUUCUUAAAAAAUUACAAAUUUGUCCUUGUAUUAUGCAUUGUUGUCAUUACUGCUUUCAGUAAACAAUUAUUUAUUGUUUUUAUAUUUAAUUAAUUCAGACUAAACGUACAAAAUAAAAACAGUUCUUGGUGGUGUACUCAGAUUUUUGGAACUUACCUUAAUGUUUACCAUGUCCUGUUUACAUAUUGCGAGUAAAAUGAAAACCUUAAUAAAAAUAACCAGCUUCAUUUAUU